UGGGCAGCUGUUGAGGACGGAGCCCGCUGUUGAUUUCAACUCUUUCAAAAGUUUAUUUUGUAUCUUAAUUUUUUUUGUCACGUCGUGCGAUAAUUGUAGACGUCAAGUAGUACAACUUAACGUCAGGUCUUAAAACCACACUCUUGGAAAUGCCGUACAAUAACGCGAGAAAGGCCUCAACUGUUCAGAAAGUAACAUUACCUGGAGUGAAGUCAACCAAAGCUGCAAGCAAAAAAAAGGAUGACGAAGAGGGUGUGGACACUGGUGAUGGAUGGGAUGACUCGUCCCAUGGGAGAGCCCUUAUUAAGCCUCCAGAUCAACUGGAGCUAAGUGAGACUGAGCUGAAAGAGGAAAUCACGAGGAUACUGACUGCAAACAACCCACACGCCCCUCAAAAUAUUGUCCGCUACAGCUUCAAGGAACGUUCAUUCAAGUCUACAAGUGUUGUUGAUCAGUUAGCAGUUCACUUUGUGUUGGAGGGCAGCCUUUUGUAUCAAGACUCAAAUGAGGCCCGAAGACUUGAGUCCAAGGAGGGUGUCCCUGAAGAGACUGUGACAGCCAACAGUGAAGCCGAAGCUGAUGUGGAGAAACCAGAAACCCCGAAAACACCCAUAGAUGAUGGGGGGGAAGCAGAGGAAGCUGGAGAAGAAGACCGGCCUGACAGUGCUGCCUCCAAAACUGACAAGAAGGAGCCAAAAGUUACAAACCAGUUCAACUUCAGCGAGAGGGCGUCCCAGACCCUCAAUAACCCUCUGAGGGAAAGAAGCUGCCAGACUGAACCUCCUCCACGCUGCAGCUUCUCUGCCACCGCUAAUCAGUGGGAGAUCCAUGAUGCAUACGUGGAAGAGCUACAGAAACAGGAAAAAAAUAAAGAGAAGCAGAAAACCAUGCAGCUAAAAAAAGAUGGUGACAAAAGCAAAAAGAAGAUGAUGCUGAUGGAAACUCAGAAUGAUGAUGUGAACAAAGUGAGCAAGGCAGCCAAAAUAUUUGAACGAAUGAUCAACCAGAAUAAGUUUGAUGAAAUAGCACAAGACUUCAAAUACUACGAGGAUGCAUCUGAUGAGUCAAGGGGCCAACAAGGCACCAUUCUCCCUCUGUGGAAAUUCCAAUAUGACAAAGUCAAAAAACUGUCUGUCACUGCCCUCUGCUGGAAUAAGAAAUAUCAAGAUCUUUUUUCUGUGGGACUGGGAUCAUACACCUUCACCAAACAGGGGCGUGGCAUGCUUCUCUUCUACUCACUGAAGAACUCUGCCUUCCCAGAGUACAUCUACCCCACUAACUCUAGUGUCCUGUGUCUCGACAUCCAUGAGCAGCACACCCACCUUGUGGCAGUAGGCUUCUAUGAUGGCUGUGUGGCUGUUUAUAACUUGAAAAAAGAGGGACAGGAGCCUAUGUAUAAGAGCACAGCUAAGAAUGGAAAGCACACAGACCCAGUCUGGCAGGUGCGUUGGCAGAAUGAUGACAUGGACAAUAACCACAAUUUCUUUUCUGUGUCAUCUGAUGGCCGAGUUGUAUCUUGGACACUCAUUAAGAAUGAGCUGGUCUUUACUGACAUUAUUAGGCUGUCACUAGGUGGAGCAGUGUCUGAGGACCUGCAAAAUACACAGCAGGCAAAUAUUGCCUCUGGAACAUCUUUUGAUUUCCAUAAACAGAUUGACUAUCUCUUCCUAGUUGGAACAGAGAAAGGGGAUAUACAUAAGUGCUCUAAGACGUACUCAAGCCAGUUCCUGGAGACCUAUGCUUCCCACAAAAUGCCAGUGGACACUGUGAAGUGGAACCACUUCCACCCAAGUGUUUUCAUCUCCUGCAGCUCAGACUGGACCGUCAAGAUCUGGGACCACACCAUCAACACUCCGAUGUUCACCUUUGACCUGAAAGCAGCUGUUGGUGAUGUUGCCUGGGCUCCAUACUCCUCCACUGUUUUUGCUGCUGUCACAACAGAUGGAACAGUUUAUGUUUUUGAUCUCAGCAUCAACAAGCACGAGCCCCUCUGCCAGGUAACUGUGGCAGCCGAGACAAAGCUGACUCACAUUGAGUUUAAUCCCAUCUAUCCCAUCAUCAUUGUGGGCAAUGACCGAGGCUAUGUCACCAGUUUUAAACUCUCCCCUAACCUGCGCAAGAAACCUAAGAUGAAGAAGGACCAGGAGCAGCCUAAGGGUCCAGAAGUAGAAGUGGCCAAGAUGGAGAAGAUCCUCAGUCUGCUUCGGGAACCAGAGCAAAGCACGGUUUAACACGGCCCUGUGUCUCCCCCCUAAGCACAUCAACAUGGUACCAACUCAUUCAUAGAAAAAUAAAAAUCUUCUGAUUAGGAGCGGUAAAAAACACCAACCACAUAACAAAUAAGUCAUUUGUAAAUGUUUAUUAAAACAUUAUCCCUUGUUCUCUCUUAAGCUGUUAAUAAAUAAUUCAGAUUCUAUUAAUAAUUCAUUAACUUAUACUGCAGUAGUUGAUAUAUAUUAAACAGGCAACACUACAGUUCCAUUGACUUGACUGACCUUUUCUGCAGAGAUUUUUUAAACCACCUCCAAACAUACUGUACAAGUUGACUAAGCUAAAAAGUGAAGGGGAAGAGUAACUGCUAGUGAACAGAGACAUAAAUAAGCGUAAUAGAUGGAGCUUUUAUGGACCACAUCCAGACAACUUAUCUUGGCUGGCACACGCUGAUCUGGGCAGCCAUCCAGGGAUGAUGUUAGAGCCUUUUAAUAUCCCAUCUAGGGGGGAGAACUUUGCUUUUGAGAUGAGGCGGUGUCCAUCUUUAUUUUGCAUUUUUCUAAGCCCCUUUGUCUAAUGAACUUGUCCUUCAGUAAAAACACCACCCCGAGCUUUGAUGCUCUGCUGGAAUCAAACACUGCCACAGUGUUUGAAGCUAUCUUUCUUCCUCUUUAUCACAUGCAGCGUUCUCCUGAAGUGUGGUUUCAUCUUCACAAGAGAGGGAUGCUCUAUCACCUAAUUUUAACAGAUAAUUGGUAACUAAGGACUUUGCAGUGCAAUGGGAAUAAAGUUACUCCUUUACAGUUGGUAGGAAGCAUGCUGCAAGUAAAAGACCUGUUUUUAUAACAGUUUUGUUCUGUUAAUGUUGCAUCUUCACAAUGUUGAAGCUGCAUGGGUCACAUUUGGGUUGAUCAGGAAGUAGUUUUAUGUUAGAAAGAGAGUCACACUUUCAGUAUGAUUUACAUAAUAGUAAAUGUAAACAAUAAAUGUAUCCUUAAUGUGUAAAAGGUUUUCCCUGUCUUUAAUAUAAAUUUUAAAUUGGCGACGUGUCUGUCCGUGUCUGCUUGUCCGUGUCAAUUUGCACACAAAACUGUUGCUCCAAUUGUCCUUGGUAAUGCUCUGAAGACUUCAUGAGUGUACUGGUUCAACUAGAACCAUGAAAAAAUCAUAAAUAUGUACAGAUUUUCAAUAAAACCCCCAAAUAUGUGCCGAGUCAUCAUGGGCUUCUCCUGCAUGCCAGAGUUGAAUGUUCCAUUUGCUAAAAGCUCGUAAGAGUAAGUGACAGAGCUGGUGUUUUGUCACCUAUCGAGAUGUGCCAUUUCGCCUUUGUGCACAUUGGGUAAAUAGUUAGGGUUAGGGUGACGGUUAGAGAUAGACUCUGCUAUCAUUUAGCUGCAAUGGCAAUUUUUGACAAAGUAGCAGAAAUCGUCAGAACAUCAGAAAACAACUGGACUUUGUUGAAACACACUCACAAGGGAACGUGUUUGGAUAAGAUUAAGCUUCUGCUCCACAAUCCCUGAUCAGAGUAAGCUCUCUCCCUGCACUUGUCCCUGCUCAUUUUAAAACAAAACAAUACAGGAGAUGUGUCACACAUUGGUGUUCGAAUAAUUUGCUGAGAAAUCACGGUUUGAAUGCGAUUUGUCAGCUGUAGUCACCGGUGUAGGGUAAACAUGUCUGUAUAUGGGUCUGUCUCUGCGUAGCCAGCAUUACAUGGCAUGUGGGGUGUAUGAUGCUUUAUUAAAGCUCCACAAAAAACGUGUGUGCACUAAAGAUUUGUAAAUAAGUUAAAAGGCAUGGCUUUAAUGAUCCCCUUGUUUUGUUGUUGGCCUAUAACUGCAGAUACACACCAGCAUGCAGAGACACUAAGCCAUUAUGCAGUCAUUUGGUGAAAAUACACCCGUUUCCAUAAGAAUUGCUCUUAUUGCAUUGAGCAUCUAAUGAUGAAGAUGGUAGGUCAGGAAACAAUUUCACCUCAUAAGGACUCUAAGAAAAAUAAUGUGUAAAUAAAGUUGGUACAUAUCACUUUGACAUUGCUAUUACUAAGCCACAACCAGGAGUUAAAUCAGUCUGAGACUCUCAGCUGUUUUUUAUCCAUGUGUGGCACCUUUAAGCAUGACAAGGACGUGGGUUUUUUUCUUAUGGGUUCCUUCAUAUAGAGAGGAAACUCAAUAAUAUCAAUAAUGGCUUUUAUUAAACGCAUUUUCACAUUGAGCAGGCAGUAGUGGUUAGAAAUCCAGCGGGACCUGUGGGGGUGGAAUUAAGAUAAGUGUCCCAUGCAGGGCUCUAGCUUCUUUAACCAAACAAAAUGAGUUUAUAAAAGCAACAUUUCCAACUUUUUUCUAUGCUAGAAUUUAUUUAAAGCCACUAUAACACCUGUAAUAAAAUAAUAAGAUCUCAGUUUCUUGUAAAUCAUUAUGAUUUUUUGGAGGGUGGAAAGACUUAAAAACAUUUUUUCAAUGUUAAGAAAAAAAAUUGACUUACUCAAUGUAAAUUGGAACAGUGUUUUGUACUGUGUGUAAGAUAAUCUUUUUCUAUUUUCCCAUCCCAAAUUACAGCUAUGGGUUUUUUUGUUGUUGCUGGAGAGAAGAUUUUGCUGUGUGCAUUGUGUUUUGAGAAAGCAUUACUGGUGCAUUUAGUUACCCUAACAUUUAAAAAUAUAUGUCACAUAAUGACACAUUGUAAUUUCACCAUAAUGUAGCUUUAACAUCCCAAUAUUUUUAAACAUCUAUCCUUCUUUACUUGGCUAUUCAGAAAACUGCUUAAAGCCUAGAGAGGAUUAAAAUGUUUAAUAUACACCAUAAUUUAUUUUGACUCUACAUCAUGCCUUGUUGAGUCUGAAGUUGCAACACAUGUAUACAGGAUAAAUGCUCGAGUAUUGAUAAUUCUUGUCUGUAUGUUGAGUGAACAUGGUAAGCUUUCUGUCUGUAUUCUGUGAGAUAAAUCCCUUUGCAUGUGAGUGUCCUGUGAUUCAGUGCAGAGCGAGUGGGCAAUCACUGACGGCCACAAGCAGAUGUCGGCGUGAGGGUCGUGUUGAAGAGGACACAAAUCUGAACUAAGCCUCUCUAGUCCUUAUGUAACACCCUCAGAAAGAGCUGUGCCUCACACAUCACUGGUGUUUAUGAGUGACAAUGACACACACUCUACAGCCUCUGUUUUCAGCAACAGUCUGGUUUUCCCUUUUUUCAGGUGAGAGUCUGAAAAAAAGGGGAUAUUUUUAGAAACCUUCGACAACAGACCAGCCGCUCUUUGUGUGCUGAACAUUUCAUUCCCUCACUCUUUGUGUAUACUGCAUCCAUCCUUGAGGCCAUGUCCCUUUUUUUCAUCAUUCUUUCAAUUUGGGAAACCAAGGAUGAAAUCUGACAAGUGACAGCUGUUUAAAAAUAGUUCCCUUAUUUGCUAUUUUUAUGAGACGCUGCCAUGCCUGCCAUCAGAUCAGCAGCUGACUUUAGAAGCAAUAAAGAAUGAGCCUGAUUAUUGCUUGCCAUCGGUCCCUGUGCUUCAUCAGUCCCCUGUGGAGGAGUGUACAUGGAGUUGCUACAUUUGACUCAUCCUUC